GAGCCCAUUUCUAAUGCAGCUAGAAAUUAACCAAGAGAGUGGUGCUAGAAUUCUUAGGCUUGACAGAGUUGCUACCUCAGCCAAGAAGUGGGUCGGGGCAGACGUUAUGGUAUUCAACACCGGUCACUGGUGGGUGCACCGUGGAAAGAUCAAAGCGUGGGAUUUGUUUCAAUAUGAGGGGAAAACGGUGGAGAAUAUGGAGAUUGAAUCAGCAUUUGAGAAGGCUAUGAAUACCUGGGCACAUUGGAUUGAUCAAAAUGUGGAUGUGACCAAAACCAGAGUCUUCUUCCGGAGCAUUUCACCAGAGCACAAGGGAAAGCUUUGGUGCUACAACAAAACUCAACCCAUCAUGGACGAUUCCUAUGAAACAACAUUUCCAAGAAAAAUUAUAGAAGCCGUUGAGAGAACAAUGCAGUGCAUGAAGACCCCGGUGACGUACCUGAACAUUACAAAGCUGUCUCAGUAUCGAAGAGAUGCACACCCAAUGAUUUACAAGACAAAACAGUGGAAGCAGUUAGCUAUGCAACAAAGACGACCAGAGUCCUCUGCUGAUUGCAGCCACUGGUGUCUGCCUGGCCUGCCAGAUACCUGGAACAGGCUAUUGUAUGCUUCGUUGCUCUUGGACACUUCCGAAGUCAUUCUUAGCUCUCAUUCUUAG